CCGGCCCCAUAGACGGCGCUCCCAUCGAUCUCGAAGGCGAGACCGUCGGAGUAAAAAAAAAACCCCGGGAAACUCCGCAAAGGGUUCGCUCGGGUGGGCUGCCCGCCUCCCCAGACCGAGGAGAGAAAAGCCCCACCAGGUGGACCCUGGCAGGGGCUGCCCCGGCUUCUAACUCUCUUUGGCUCUUCCCCGAAGCCUCAUGUUCCGGUCUCGGCGAGCCAGUUUGGUGCAACGGCUCUGGAGACUACGCUGCGCAACGCCCGGCCUGGAUGACAACCACGGGGCCCUGAAGCCGGUGGCCCACGCGCUCUUCAAGAAGCUGAAGGACAAGGAGCUGGAGCAACUGCUGCAGGCGGUCGAGAGCCAGGGGGCCGGGGAGUCGGGCUGCGUCUGGGUCGAGCCCCGCGGCGCCAAGCCAAGCCUCUCGGCUUCGCUGCUCCUCUGCCGCCUCUAUCGUUGGCCGGACCUGCAGCAACCGCAUGAGCUGAAGCGACUGUGUUUCUGCAAGAGCGCUGGGGGCGAGGGCACCAUCCACUGUUGCAACCCGCACCACCUUAGUCGGCUCACUCUCCCCGACACCCCACCACCCCCCUAUUGCAAGAUCUCCCCUUUUGCUGUACCACUGAAGUGCACCAGCCUUUUGGAAAACAACCGCAAAGGAUGGCAAGACACGACCCUCUCCCGCUGUUCUCUGAAAGAUGGCUACUGGUGCAAACUGGCGUAUUGGGAAUAUCGCCUACGGGUGGGAAGGCUCUACCCCGUCCAUGAAGAGUACGUCUGCAUCUUCUCCAACCUCCCCAACGGCAGCGGGUUCUGCCUGGGCCAGCUUGCAUCCCGAAGUCACAGCCAAGCUGUCCGGAGGACCCAGGCUAAGAUCGGCCGGGGGCUGUUGCUUUGCCAAGAAGCGAGUGGCGUCUGGGCUUACAACCGCAGCGAACACCCCCUCUUUGUCUGUUCCCCCACUCUAGGGCCGGUGGGCAGCUUCUCCCCUCCGGUCCACAAAAUCCUUCCGGGUUACUGCAUCAAAGUGUUUGAUUACGAGCGUGCCACCAACCUGGCGGCCAGACGUCAGGGCACCAGCGACGGUCCCCACGACGGGCACACCGUCCGGAUCAGCUUCGCUAAAGGUUGGGGGCCCUCUUACACCCGCAGGUUCAUUACCUCUUGUCCAUGUUGGCUGGAAGUGCUGCUGAAUGCCCCAAGAUGAAGCAGAUGGGGGGGGGAAAGGAACAAAAAAGGGGGUUGUGUCAUAGCCCUGCUCCCAAACGUAGAUAAUUCAGAGAGGGAAGAAUCUAGCUUCCUUUGCUGGAGAUCUCUUGAAGUUUUCAGUGGCUUUUCCUUCUUCUUCUUCUUCUUCUGAAUUCCCUCUUGCUUUAGGAAUAUAAACACUCAAGGAAAGUAGCAGGCAAAACAGAGGCCCUUACAAAGCAGGAGAUCCUGCUUAGCACUAGAUCACAUCUCCAAAAUCCACUUCCCCCAAUUGGUUGAUCUCUCACCGGCCUCAGCUCCCCAUAUCCAGAAACGGUCCUGCCCAAUUCUUCCGAUUUCAGAUGGACAACACUGGGCUUCAACGCUCUGGCACCCGGGGACGUUUGAAAGCCAGCAGGCUUCUGGAGCUGAGGAUUUGGAAGUGGGGAGGAGAAAGGAACAGGAUGUUUUUCCCCCUCGUAUUUUAUUUUUUGGGAAAGACGCAGAGACAACCUAUUAGACAUUUACAGCAUUCGGAAAGGCAUAGGACUUGGAGGAUCUGCUCAAAGUGAGAGAUUCGCAGAGGGUAGAGAGGCAAGUGAAAAUGGUUGCGCACACCACACGUUGCAGGUUAGCUGACAACAGUGACUAACAACUAGUGAUUCAGUGUGAAAAAGAGCAUCAGAGGAAAACUUAGAUUUGUUCCAAUUCUGGGGUCGGCCAGCCAGAAACAGCCCCGUUUCAUCUUAUUACAUCCAAGUUCCCUUUGAGCAGGAAAGGAGGGCAACUCGCCCAAGAACAGGCCAGUCCAAAGCGUUCAACCAAGGUGCCCAUUUUACAAACAAGCACUACUGAGGCUGAAAGAGGAAACCCCAUUCUCCGAAUCGCUGCUGAGGAGAUCCAUUUUUAACAUAGCAUCAACAUCUUCUGCCCGCCCUUGAGAAAUCUAGCACUGAGUCGUCUUCCUGCUUGCCCCAAUUUAGGAUAAAAGAAGGAAAACGCUCAAAAAUGAAACAGCAGCUCCAGAAAAGUGGUUUGGGUUUGUGAAUCACUCGAUCUGUAUCUCCAGGCCCAGUUCCCCCCUAGUUUUUCCUCUUUUCUCCUUAGUAGUUAAAUUUUUACUCAAAGUGCCUUCAGCGUAACGGUGACUGGGGGAAAAAAUUGGAAUAAUCUUCUUCUAAUCCAAGGAAGGACUCAGAAAAGAGGCAGAAAAAUAAAGGGUUUUUUUUUCUCAGUAGAAGGCAAGUGGGGUGAAAAGGCUGGUGGAGCCGUCGAACGGAAGAAAAACGCUGAGGCCCAAAAGAGCAGGAAAAAAGUCAAGGGAAGAAGGAAUGUAUGAAAAAGGCACCAGAGACACAGAGUUAAACAAGAAAAGAGAGGUAGGCUAUACAAUGCAAGGGUGAUCCGGCCGUUUUUAUUUUGGGGGGAAGGAAUUUCAGGCAAUGCAAUAUUGUAACCCAGGAACAGAGUGGGGGUCCUCGGGGCCCGAAUCCCUCUAUUUAGCGCCGUGCAGAUUUUUCCAUCCAUUUCAUCUGGGGCCCCCAUCCAGCAUUCCUGAAAAAUAUGGUUCUAGCAAACGAGCUAGCUUUAGAAUCACCCGUCGUUUUCCUUCUGGAGUUUUAAGUGUUUAAAAUGAGAAGAAAAAGCUGGUCUGGAACGGAAGGAAGUCGGUCCAUCGCGGGGUGGUCGUAGGAAAAGAUCUUCAAUUGCCCCAAAACUCAGCGGGGGAAAAGAUUUGAGAAGGAUUGAAGCUUGGAUAGCGAUGCGACGUAGGUUAAAAGGAAUGGGCAGGACGGAGUCCUCCUCUGGCAGAUCUUCGAGAUUAAAUUGCUUUAAAAAAAGAAAAAA